AUUUACCAAUAUUAGAGGCUUCAUAUUUUACAGAGCUGUUCAACAUGUAAAAAUUACCCAUUAUCAUAUACUCUUACAUUGUAGUUGUUGAAGAUAUUAAUAUUUCAUCCGGUGCAAUAUGUAUGGGAUGUAGCUGCACUUGGUCCCCGUGCCGAAAGGGCGGUUAAAUUCCGUAGCCUGAAAACUCCGCCACCUCAUAACCACAUCGACGGCAGACGUUAUCAGCGUGGAUUCUGAUGUGAAAUGGUAGUUUUCGCGAUCUCUCUCCCUUUCUGGAUCCUAAAAAGCACACUCCAGUGUUGUUACUCUCUCUACGAUGCCCCGCGGUAACACCCCGGAACUCGAAGAUGCCCCUUCAAGAACUAAUAUCGUACCCAACGCACUGAAACGAAAUCCAGUGCACGUCACAGCCGACCUCAUCGCACAAGGCCCAAUAUUUCUCUCCAAACCCUUCUUCGGCCCCCUCCUCUUCGAUAAUAAUGCAUCAGACGCCCGUGAUCACUGCGCCAACGAGCGAACGUUCCUCUCAUGGCUGCGGCUGUCCAUGUACCUCUCCGUCGUUGCCUGCGCAAUCAUAAUGUCCUUCCACCUGCGGUACAAGCCGACGGAGCUAGAGCUACGCAUGGCACUCCCGCUGGGUAUCAUCUUUUGGGUGCUAUCGUUCGUCUGCCUGUGCAGCGGGUUUGCGACUUAUAUACGGACGAUGGCCAAAUAUAGUCGGCAUGCGGCGCUGGUGCAGAGUGGCUGGAAAACGCAGGUAGUUUUCACAAUUGUUGCCAUAUCGAUCAUUGGGACGUGUAUCGUACUUUUAAGCACGGGCUCUCCGGCAAGCUUGUAGUGGGUUUUCUGCAUGGAUGCGAUCUAGCUAAGGUUGGACUUGUGUGAAUACUAGCCAUGUUUUGCUAUAGCUCGGGAAGUGUGCUGUUUUAUGCCAUCAUUUAUUUCUGGGAUCUGGAUACCACAGGCGUCUAGUUUUCUGUGUUUACUUCGGGGUUGAUCAAGCUCGGUUCCCUGUUCUUGUCUAUAUCGGCCAUAUAUCUAAUGUGUGACAGCUAUUAAUUUUCCAUGAGGGGUGGAAUUUACGUGGGAUUUGUGCACAGACAUCUGGUACGCGGUUACGCCCUACCAACGAGGAAUUAUAAAAUACGAUCUGGUCAGGAAUUACAGUUACUCGAUUGAUGAUGGGGUGCGUACUACCAAAAACGUGGGGGAUAUGUGUUCUGGACUGUUGCAACUAUUUUCUGAGGAACACAGGAAUAGGUAUAAUGCCCAGGCAUCACAAUAAAAUCCAUCAAUUAUAAUUAUUAUUAUGCCCGAAAUGAAUACCGAUAAACGACUACCUAUCUAAGCUGUUCAGCCUGCAAUGGUUUGAGGACACGUUGGCGCCCACAGUCAUUAAUUUGGACAAUUCCCCGUGAGCAGCAGCUCGCUCCAAAUCAAUUUUCUUCUCUCAAUAUAUAUAGCCACGGAAGCAGUAUUGACAAUAAAGGGUAUGGUAAUUUCUUAAGGAAUAUUUUUGCUUAUCGUGAAUGAAUUUAAAGCAUGCGGUGAAGGGUCCUGUCUCCUUUGAACUUCUCGAACUCUUCGGUGCCGAACUUCUCCCACCAAUUGAAGAGCAUAGAGUCGCAGAUGAGCUUGAACCAGGGGGUGAAUUUCAAUUCCGAGUCCUUGAACAUCUGCUUGAGUUCAUCUGCCGUAACAUACUUGGUAUCGCGGACUUCGUUGGGGCUCACGUCUAGGUCGACAUCCGCGUGGAUGAAAAGGAUGUAAUCGACUGUUCGUGGAAGUUGUACGCUAUUAGCAUUGCAAUCAUGCAAAAUGAACAAUUAAGGUAAACAGAGAUAUUAUUUUUCUUACUUUCAUGUUCUGCCCACUUGCCAUCGCUGGGAGCCUUGUAGUGUAUCCUGGUCAGAAAAUCGAACUUCUCGAGAGGAACUUGCUCCGCCUUGAUGCCUAGCUCGUGAUUCAGCUUUCUCUGAGCAGCCCGGCGAACCCCUUGCACAGCAUCCUCGAACUCUACUCCUGUUUCGCCGGGAAUGCCAAGUGGGUGUGAGCAGCAGGUAUUCGUCCACAUGUCGGGGAAGGUGAUUUUCUCCGAUGCACGCUGUUGGAGUAACAGUCUCUUCUGAGAAUCGAAGAGGAAGACGGAG